GAACUUUUGACGACAACCUCGGAAUGAUAAACCGGAUCGUAUCGUGAGAUCCAAAGCCGUAAUAUUAAUGUUGUGAUAGUUGGUUAUCGUUGUUAUUAUUUAAUUAAAAUUGUUUUAUUAUUUGUUAUAUUUAUUAUUAUAUUUCGACGGAUUUGGUGUCCGAGCUGAAGAAAACGGAUAUCUACUGUUACUGCGGCUGGUUGUGAGGUAUCCAUAUUUUGGGAGAAGAAACGGCUUGUUAUUAUUGUUAACACGAUUUUGGAGAUGAUGAAUCUGGGAUUUAAAAACACAUUGCACGACAGAAACACUUCCGUAUGGCAACUGAUAAAGAAAUCCGCUGUGACAUUACCGUGGCUAUAGGAUUUGAGCAUAGAAAAAAACAAACACUUUAUUUUUGUACACAUUUUUAAUCCAAGAAGAUUGACAACGACUGACUAUAGCAAUGGAUCUUUAUUUGAGUAAUCAAGUACGAACACUCAAACUUGGACAACACAUUUAAUUCUAAAAGCUUAGUGGAUUUAAGGGUUAGCGAUGAACUCGUCGUUGGCAGACAAUGAUACGGCCAAAGAUUCUGUCAACACCACAACCAGUUCACAUGAUUUAUUCAAAGACAGACACCUCACCGACUACUUGUUGAUAGUACUGUUCUGCCUUGUCAUAUUGACUACGGUGGUAGGUAACACGUUAAUUAUAUUCGCCGUUUUUACUACCAGGCGACUCCGGACAGUAACGAAUUACUUCGUGACGUCGCUGGCUGUUGCUGAUUGGCUUGUAGGAACGUUCGUCAUGCCAAUAUCCGUCGUAUAUCAUGUUACGGGCGAAUGGACGUUUGGACCUUUGAUAUGUGACAUUUGGGUCUCGCUGGACGUGUGCCUAUGCACUGCGUCGAUACUCAGCCUUUGCGCCAUAUCAAUUGACAGAUAUUUCGCCAUCACCAAACCUCUGCGGUACUCAAAAAAACGGAGGUCCAAAAGACUCGCGUCGCUCAUGAUAUUAGUUGUAUGGCUGGUUUCAUUGGUCAUAACGUGUGCUCCACUUUUUGGAUGGUACGACGAAAAGCGACACACCAAAAACACUUGUACCUAUAACCAAAACAAGGUGUACGUGGUGUUCUCGGCAAUGGGCUCGUUUUUCCUGCCACUGGUAGUCGUCGUAUACGUGUAUUUAAAAAUAUCCUGUGUAAUCGCGGAAAGGCACAAUAAACUCGAAGCUCUCAACGGACAAAAAUUAAAGAUAUCCCGUUACAGCCACGAAUCGAUGGAAAGACCAUCGGUGGAAAUGGACGAAAUCGUACGCGUCAGCUAUAAUAUCAGUUUGCGCAGAGGUGACGAUUGCCGAGUUUCGCUGAAGCGCGAAAACAAAACGGCGCAGACACUGUCUAUAGUGGUCGGCGGAUUUAUCGCCUGUUGGCUUUUGUUCUUCAUCGUGUACCUGAUUACGCCGUUUUUGCCGGCGUCGGCCAUACCGGAAGACAUGAUAAAGUGGCUUACGUGGUUGGGUUGGAUAAAUUCAGCCAUCAAUCCCUUUAUAUACGCGUUCGUCAGCCAGGACUUCAGGAUGGCAUUUUGGCGGUUGACGUGCAGCUACUGCACAGGGCACAAACCCAACCCAAACACGCCACACAACCGGUUCGUGAUCAGAUACAGUCAUUAUUCGAGAAACCAAGUCUAAACAAAUGCGUUGUUCGGUCGUCUACGAUACAGCCAUAUGAUAUUUCGAUAAUUUAAACAUCUUACACAAUAUAAUAAUAUAUAUACUUUAUAUGGUGAAAUCUCGUUAAAACGGUAAUCUAUCUACGCUAAACGAAUUUUUUCCUCGUUGAAAUUAGAUUGAGACGCGGAAACGAAGUGUGUUUUUAAUGUUUUAACGGGUACAAAUGUACAAUAUAUUAACUAUAUUAGUAAAACGAAAUUUCCUGUUUAAAUCUCGUCGAAUAUCAUACACGCUGAUAAACCCCAAUUGCACACAACUUAUCUUACUAAUAACCCAUUGCAUUAUUUUUUACUAUUUGUUGUUAUUCUUGAGUUAAUUUUUUAAUUAUUACAAUUU